AUGGUCAAGCUCUGGGGGUGGUGGAAGAAGGAUUCACAGGCUAGCGACCCGAUCCCGGCGCCGGAAUCAGCACAGUUGCUGGAGGACCGUCCUCCGAAAUUUGAGGAUGACGUCGAGAGCGCUGCCGCACUACGCAAGGCUGCAAACCCGAGCAUCGUGGACACAGCCAAGAAGAUUGGCAUUGAAGAUUUCAAGAAUGUCAACAACAUCCCCUGCUUCAGGCAAGCGAUUAUGACCGGUUUCAGUAUCGGUGCGGUUACGGCUUUGGUGCUUUAUGUAUCUAGACGCCCGACCAAGGCCGCAAACUGGGGCAUGGGCGGGUUUUUGCUUGGAUCGGUCGUGUCCUGGGAACAGUGUCGGUUCCGUAUGCGCGAGGGCAAGAAGUCCAUGCAAAAGGCCCGGGAGGUCUAUCGCAAGCAUGAGUCGGAAAAAUGA